AUGUCUGCUCUCGACCAAAUCAUGAUGGAAGAUAUUGCUCGGAAUUGCCCGCAGCAGUUUCUUGCCUUCCACCAAUGCAUGUCCAAACCGCCGUCCGAGGCCGACUGUGUUCUUGAACAGAAAAACCUCAGUCUGUGCAUCAAGACCAGUGUCCCUGUCUUCCAAAGAAUCCAGGGUCUUUGCGCCGGAAAACUUCAGGCAUACGAAGCUUGCUUGAGAAUGAAUGCGUCCAACCAAGGCGCUUGUGAAGGCGACCUCAAAUCGUUGCGGGACUGCGCUCUGGGUGCUGUGGCAAAAUAA